AUGAUAAACAGCAUCAAAUCAAGCGAAAUCGAACCAAAUGAAAACAUAAACUCAUGUGUUGUUCUUGGGGAAACCUCACCCGUCAAACCGUCUUCUUUUGACAAUUCAAUUAAGCAUUCUCAACACUCAAAUAUUGAGCAUGGUUCUAAUGAAAUAUUGAUAAAAUCAUCAAAUGAUGGCACAACCUCGCAUUUAAAAGAUACAUUAAUUCAAAACAUUACUAAGUCAGCACAGAGGGGGGUGGAGAUUGUCGGAGGCAAGAUUGUCUUUGACAAGUAUCCAGGGUUUAUCUACAUUGCUAUUGAUUCACUUGAAAAACUAAACGUGGGAUUGGAUAGCAUGGUGUCACUACAGAUGGAUUCUGGAAGCAUUUCCAUCAGCACCCAGAGGUACUACUCUAACAGUUUUAUAAAAGUUAGUCAAUAUAUCAAAAUUCCAGUUUUAAAUCAGCUUUAUAAUAAAAUUAAAAUGAAAAUUUUGGUUAUUGAACAUUCUAAAUCGGGAAGAAGAGAAAUAUUUCAGGGCUCCAUUGACUUUUCAAGUAAGAAUCUUGAAGAUAUACACAACACGCUAGUUGAAAAUAGACUGGAGCUGGACAAGAAAGCAUCCCCGGUUGAUGCCAUCAGGAGACUCAUUGGUCGUAAAAGGGACGAUCGGCCCAUCUGCAAGUACUAUUGCUCUUUUAUUUCCAGCUCUGAAAUCGAUUUGGCAAAAAAUGCACCCGAUUCCUUAAUUUCAUUGAGCAAAUGGAUCGUCUUCAGAAAAUAUGCGUUUGAACAGCUGUUUCAGGGAUUUUUGAAUGUUAAAAACCCCGAGGAUAAUUUCACAUGGAACAAAAGAUAUGUGAGAUGGUUCGGGUAUGCGAUUUAUCUGUUUGAUGUCCACACCGGAAACCUAGUUCACGUUGUUGACCUUUCAGAUAGCGAGCCAUCUCUGGAGAUGAUUCAAAGGAACAUUAUUCUUUUCCGAAUCAACGGAAGGCCAUUCGAAAUCGAGUGUGACAGCAUAGAGUCAUUAAAGGAAUGCACAGAGGCAACAUAUAGACUGUUUCCCAAAGUAAUAGACUGGAUUUAA